CCCGAAACCAGUACAGCGGCAGGUGACGCCCCCGAAACCAGAGCCCCGCCACAAAACGCCCCCCGCCAAACAAGCGCCCCAGACGAUGAAGCCCACGGUGCGAGACCCUCUUAUCGAAACAUCCGCGCCCGUCAUGGCGCCCGUAGAGCCGCCCAAGAAAAAAGCACCCAAACCACCAGUACAGACACAACCCCCAGUGGCGUACGCACCCCCUCCACCCGACCCCCUCCCCCCAGCACGACGAAACAACUCCCCCUUCUACAACUACAAGCCGGAGCCCAUCUUCCCCCCUCUGGUUCCUGUGACCGCCGACGACUACAAAUACACCUACGACGAAACGAAUUCCUACUACGGCGGGCCGUUUAAAAAGCAGACCACCCAACCCCUGAUCCCCGCCACCUACCCCGUGCCCAGGUACGAUCUCCAACAGUACCAGUCCAUCCCUCCCCCAAAAAUAUGGACUCUUCCAGAAGACCCGUAUCUGUUUAAAGCCUCAGGUGUACCUGCCUACAGUGCUGUUGGAUCGAUACUCCGUAGCUCAGACGUCUACAGCUUUUAUUAUUGAUAGGAGAAGCAGUAUCGAUACUCAUUAGUACAGACAUCUACAGCUUUUAUUAUUGAUAGGAGCAACAGUAUCGAUACUCCGUAGCUCAGACAUUUACAUCUUUUAUUAUUGAUCGGAGAAGCAGUAUCGAUACUCCGUAGCUCAGACAUCUACAGCUUUUGUUUUUGAUAGGAGCAGCAGUAUC